GCGUCAGGAUGCUGGACGGCGACGUGAACGACAUCGUGGAGGCCCAGUCGCUGAGCCUCCAGCCGCAGCACAUUGACAUCUACAGUGCCAGCUGGGGCCCCGAGGAUGACGGGAAGACGGUGGACGGCCCGGGGGUCCUGGCCAGAGAGGCCUUCCGCAAGGGGGUAGCCAAUGGACGCGGAGGGCUGGGCUCUCUCUUCGUCUGGGCCUCCGGGAACGGCGGCCUCCGGAAGGACAACUGCAAUUGUGACGGCUACACCAACAGCAUCUACACCUUAUCCGUGGGCAGCACCACCGAGAGCGGCCGGGUGCCGUGGUACACCGAGGCCUGUGCCUCCACCCUCACCGCCACCUACAGCAGCGGGGCCAAGGGCGAGAAGCAGAUUGUGACCACCGAUCUGCGUCACACCUGCACAAGCGGUCAUACGGGCACCUCCGCCUCGGCUCCCCUCGCAGCUGGCCUGAUUGCCCUGGCUUUGGAGGCCAACCCAGCUCUGACCUGGAGAGACAUGCAGCACCUAGUGGUGAGAGCCUCCAGCCCCGCUCACCUGCAGGCGGACGACUGGGUCCGGAAUGGAGUUGGGCGCCAAGUCAGCCACUACUACGGGUACGGGCUCUUGAACGGCGGGCACUUGGUGGAGAUGGCCAAGAGGUGGCAGAGGACUCGGCCUCAGCGGAAGUGCUUCAUUCAGGUGGUCUACAAGCCAAUGGCCAUCGGUUCGCGGCUGUCCGUCUCGCAGAACGUCUCGUCCUCCCCCUGCCUUCAGAGGAGAAGCCGAGGCAUCCGUUCCCUGGAGCACGUCCAGGUCCAGUUGUGGCUCACUUACAGCCGGAGGGGAGAUCUGGCCAUCUCGCUGACCAGUCCCAUGGGAACCACCUCCACCCUGGUGGACGUCAGGCCCUACGACACCAGCCGAGAAGGCUACAAGGACUGGUCUUUCAUGUCGACCCACUACUGGGAUGAAGACCCCCAGGGGACCUGGACCCUCCAUCUGGAAAACAAGGGUGAUGCGUAUAACACAGGGCUCCUCAAGAACGUUGUCUUAAAACUCUACGGCAAUGAGGAAGACAUGGCAGCCCGACAGGCAGCUCCCUUCGUGGUGGCCAAAUGUGUGCUGCACAAUCGUGACGGGACCUGCCAGG